UGGAAGGACAGAGGCUUCAGUGUAAAAAGAGUAUGAGCAUGUUGACAGAGUAGGUCUGCUGGGAGUGUCGUUCCUGAUCUGAGCAGAGUGCUGAAGCUUUGGAUACUGUCCACACAUCAUCUGCCUGACCUGCAAAAAUGUCUGAUUUCGAGGAUUUCACCAAGCCAGGAGGGCCAGCCAAUGUAUCUGAAAGCUACCAGCUGAACCCCACCAGCGUGAUCGUGUCGGUGGUCUUCUCCCUCAUCUUCCUGCUGGGUACCAUAGGCAACAGCCUGGUGCUGGCCGUGUUGCUGCGGAGCGGACAGGUUGGAUACAACACGACCAACCUGUUCAUACUCAACCUGAGCGUGGCUGACUUCUUCUUCAUCAUCUUCUGCGUCCCUUUCCAAGCCACCAUCUACUCCCUAGAGGGAUGGGUGUUUGGCUCCUUCAUGUGCAAAGUGGUGCACUUCUUCAUCAACCUCACCAUGUACGCCAGCAGCUUCACACUCGCCGCCGUCUCUGUUGACAGGUAUCUGGCCAUUCGCUACCCACUCCGCUCCAGGGAGUUACGAACCCCUUGCAAUGCAGUGGUUGCCAUGGUGAUCAUCUGGGGUCUCUCCUUGGUCUUUGCGGGCCCCUAUCUCAGCUACUACGACCUGAUUGAUUAUGCCAACAGUACCGUGUGCAUCCCCGGCUGGGAGGAGCAGAACCGGAAGGUGCUGGACACGUGCACCUUCCUGUUCGGCUACGUCAUCCCCGUGCUGAUCGUGAGCCUCUCGUACACCCGAACCAUCAAGUACCUGUGGACAGCCGUCGACCCUCUGGAUGGCAUGUCAGAGUCCAAGAGGGCCAAACGCAAAGUCACCAAAAUGAUCAUCAUUGUCACCGUACUUUUCUGCAUAUGCUGGCUUCCGUACCACGUGGUGAUCCUGUGCUACCUGUACGGAGACUUCCCGUUCAAUCAGACCACCUAUGCCUUCAGGCUCCUCUCCCACUGCAUGGCCUACGCCAACUCCUGCGUCAACCCCAUUGUGUACGCCCUUGUGUCCAAGCACUUCCGCAAAGGCUUCAAGAAAGUGUUCAGCUGCAUCCUUAGUAAAAAUGGCAGAAAUAAAGUUCACGUGGUUCACGUGGCCAACACUGUGCCUGGGUUUGAAGCAGGCUCCACGGAGGUGUCGCAGAUGAACGAGGAGAACAUACGACAGAAUGAAUGUGAAAUGAUUAACAGGCCGAUCGCAGAGCCAAGAGAAGCCACAGUGACACUGAAUUUGCCCUUUCAGCGGCAGACUUGACAAGUGAUUCAGCUUUGCUGGCAGGCUUAGCACAGAUCGCCUUUUGUAACAGACAUUGCAGCUAAUAUCCUUAAAGAUAAAAAGUGUUAAUGUCUAAUCACGAUAUUCACAUUUUUUUGGAAAGACAAAUGGUAGGUGAUAAAAGGAUUCAUGCACAUUUACACAGAUAAUACAUCUUUUUUUUUAGUUAGUAGAAAUAUUUAGAACAGAAGGAAAAGGUUUUACUAAAAGUGAAAAAUUCUCAGUGUUUCCUCUUUCCACCGUUUGCCUUAACCAUAGCUUGCAUUUUGGUAUUUAUCUGUUUUUGUUUUUUCAGUAUCUGAAAAUCCACAUUAUUCUAGCACUUUUUCAGAACAGCACAGAAUGUGUCUCAUAAUGUGACAGUAUGUUUCACCUGUUCCCUUUUCAAGUAGCCCCAAAGAUGUUCAAAGGUUGGCAACUGUGCAAGGAAAUCCACGCGAGUCAGCACCAUUUACUGUUCGUUCGAGUUCAGACAGGGCUUGUGUAGCUCAUGCAUUUAAGUCAGAAGGAAUGACAUUCAUCAGCAUUCAUGCUUCUCCUCUGCUGAUGUGAGAUCCAUCCUGUGCAACACGUCAACAGGCCAGUUGUCACCACAUCGCAGUAUUUCCAACACCGUGUAUGACUCUAAGUCCAGCUGCAGCCAUAAUCUUCAGUCUGAUCAAACUUUUUUGAACCUAAUAGUCUGUUAUCAAGGUUGUAGUUUUUCUAAGUCUGUUCUGUUUGUUUUGUAUCUUGCAUGCAGAUGCUGUUCUGUCUUGUCAAGAUAUUACUGAUAUAUUGAAUUAUAUAUGUUUUACUCUUUCAGAAAAUUCUUCUCAAACAUCAUAUUCAGAUAUAUUUCAGUUUAAAAGUUGGACUGAAUACAUUCUGGUGUAGGAGGUUCAAGAAUCAGGUAUUAAAAGGUAUGAAUUUAGUAAAAAAGAGAACUUCAUUCGCUUUUGAUAAAUAAUAGAAACAAACAGUUAUCAACAGAAGACUUGAGUCUUUUUGGAAACCACUCGAAAACUGGCGCAUUUUAUUGCUUUACUCGUAUUUUGCAAUGAUUGUAUUCAUGGCAUGUUUCUCUUUGAUGUUUCUCUCUUUAAAUGUUAUAUAUUUAAAUGACUACAUUGAUCAAUUGAAGAGUUGUGUAUUUGAAAAAAGUGUGUGUUUAAAAAUUGAACUGAUUGUGAACUGAUUAUGAUCAUUUACUUUGUUUCUGAAAAACAAAUGAAAGCAGAUCCUCAGUAUCUUUCUCUCUCUCUGUUUUGCUGUAAGCUUGUGUCCUACCUCAGAGCUGUAAAAAGAAAAAUCUUCACGCCUUUUGGUUGUUCCUCUUUUGAUUGUGUAAGAUUUUCCUCAAUUUUCCUCUCGAGAGACUAAUUUCCAAACAGAACAUUCUUAUUUGCACUGACAAAUAUUCCUCCAGUGUGUUUACUGUGCCCUGUGCAUCUACGGUGUACUAUAUCCUUAAGUGUGUUUGUUCUCAGAAUGUCAAGUUUUCAAAUGUAAUAGCCUGUAGAUUUUCUCAUACAUGUAUGUAUAUAUACACAUAUAUAGAUAUAGAUAUAUUUAAAUAGAUAUUCAUUAAAAAUGUUUUAGAACACAAUGUAAUACACAUUUUAAUGACCAAAUAAAAAUAUUUUCUGCCAUCAGGUUUUAUGGAGGUUUAAUUUAACUCACAAUGCACAUAUUUGUCACCAGAUAGAUAGAUAGAUCAAUAUUAAAAAAUCAUGAGCAGCAGCAGUGUCUCAGCCAGCACUGUCUAAGAUCUAAACAUCUCUGAAUUUUUCUUGUGCCUUGGAGAAUUAGAGGUUUUCCCACUUUCCCACCCACAUGCAGUCCAGGAAACAGCAUGAAACCACCAAAGGGUUUCACUACAGGCAGCAAUAGGUCGCCCUCCUUAUUAGCUGCUUGAUAUUCACAUGGAGGCAGAAAUGUCAGAGAUAGAAAUCCCAAAACAAAUAAAGCAAAAACUCUUUGCAUGAUUAGACACCCUUAAAGCUUAGUGAGAAAAUACAUUCACUAUCCACUUUUUUGGGUACACCUGUAGAAUCUAAUGCAAUCCAGUACAACUGAUCUGCCAUAUAGAGUACUUUCUAUAAUGCCUAUAAUGUUUGGUUUUUGUUGACACUGUCUUUGAAGUGUUAAUUGAACUCUAUGUCUGAGUAUUUAGGUUGUAGUGAGUGGUGGUGUUGCACUGAACUUUAAGCUUAUAUCCAUGUACUGAUGAACAUUGCAUAACAUUUUAUAUGAUGAGACUGUUUGGUCCAAGCAACAUUCUAACAGGUUUAAAACAAUGAUCUGCAGACACCUCAGAUGGCUUCCUGGAUUUUGAGUUAUCGGUUCACUAUGCUGUGUACAUUCCCAGAGGCAAUUUUUAGGUGGGUGGUUGGUCACAUAUGAUCAUCACUCCCCAGUCUCUGCUGCACUGAGCUUGAGGCUUGUAGGGAGUGAUAAGGUCAAAGCAUAGAAGUUAAAUAUAAACAGUUUAUUCACAUAAUGUAUUCCUUGUGUGUGCUUGCAGACUGAAAUGCACAAUUUUGAUAUUUGCUGUUUUUUUUAAACAACUGGACGACUGAUUAAUCUACUAACAUGGAAAAGUCAAGGUAAUGCUCUACAUCUAUUCCCAAAAGACAAUA